CAAGAUCUACGGGAGAAUGAGGGAGGAUCUGUUUUCUUUAGAGAUGCUGUUUCCUACAACCGGGAUCUCCUUGAGGCGGAAAGCUCCGCAAGGAGGUGCCUGGAAGUGGAACAGAGGAUCCGAUGGGAAGAAAUCCCCAAGAGCAAGGCAAGUCUCGAAAGAGCUGAGCACGAGCAUGCUCUCGACUUGUUUAAGUCGGAGGAUCUUAGAAGGGAAUUAGAAAAAAAAGAGCGGGGUGCACCUGACAUGGCAUUUCCACGAUUAAAUAAUAUAUCAUUCUGGUUGUUGCCACCAAGUCUCUUGCUCCUAUUAAGCUCAGCCUUAGUAGAAGUGGGCAGCGGCACUGGGUGGAUAGUCUAUCCACCCUUAAGUGGUAUUACCAGCCAUUCUGGAGGAGCAGUUGAUUUAGCAAUUUUUAGUCUUCAUCUAUCAGGAGGGGGAGACCCAAUAUUAUACCAGCAUCUCUUUUGGUUCUUCGGUCAUCCAGAGGUGUAUAUUCUCAUUCUGCCUGGAUUUGGUAUUAUUAGUCAUAUCGUAUCGACCUUUUCAAGAAAACCGGUCUUCGGGUAUCUAGGCAUGGUUUAUGCCAUGAUAAGUAUAGGUGUUCUUGGAUUUCUAGUUUGGGCUCAUCAUAUGUUUACUGUGGGCUUAGACGUUGAUACGCGUGCCUACUUCACCGCAGCUACCAUGAUCAUAGCUGUGCCCACAGGAAUCAAAAUCUUUACUUGGAUCGCUACCAUGUGGGGAGGUUCGAUACAAUACAAAACACCCAUGUUAUUUGUUGUAGGGUUCAUCUUUUUGUUCACCAUAGGAGGGCUCACUGGAAUAGUUCUAGCAAACUCUGGGCUAGACAUUGCUCCACAUGAUACUUAUUAUGUGGUUGCACAUUUCCAUUAUGUACUUUCUAUGGGAGCCGUUUUUGCUUUAUUUGCUGGAUUUUACUAUUGGGUGGGUAAAAUCUUUGGUCGGACAUAUCCUGAAACUUUAGGCCAAAUCAAUUUUUGGAUCACUUUUUUCGGGGUUAAUCUAACCUUCUUUCCCAUGCAUUUCUUAGGGCUUUCGGGUAUGCCACGUCGCAUUCCAGAUUAUCAAGAUGCUUACACCGGAUGGAAUGCUCUGAGCAGUUUCGGUUCUUAUAUAUCCGUAGUUGGGAUUCGUCGUUUCUUCGUAGUUGUCGCAAUCACUUCAAGCAGUGGAAAGAACCAAAAAUGUGCGGAAAGUCCUUGGGCUGUUGAACAGAAUCCAACCACACUAGAAUGGUUGGUACAAAGCCCUUCGGCCUUUCAUACUUUUGGAGAACUUCCUACGGUAAAAGAGACAGAUCGGAAGAGCGUGGAAACAGUGCUAGUCAGGUGCUUGACGAAAUGA